AUGCUCGUGCACUGCGUGCUUCACGGCCUCUACACGUACGCUCACAUCCACGGCCAUUGGCCCGAAGCCAACAACCCAGAGCACGCCAACCAAGUCGUAAAGUGCACGAGGGCCUUCAUCGCGGCGAGCGAGAAAGGGCAGUGCGCUGUCCCCACAGUGUCACCGAGCGAUGCAAGCAUCUUGGAGCUGGCGCGCUGCGCAAGCACCGAGUUUGUACCGCUUAGCACGACCGUCGCGGGCGUCGCAGCGCGCGAAGCCAUCAAAUGGAGCGGCUUCGGAGUUCCGUUGACGCAAGUAUGGAACUGGGAUGCCACGCAUGCGCUGCCGCACCGCGCCGAGCUCACAAAGGAAACUGUCUUCCUCGACCAUCACCGUCACCACGAGUGCCACGUUCGCGCCCUCUACGGACAAACCGCCUUGGCGAAGCUACAAAACGCGCGUAUUGCUCUUGUCGGCUGCGGUGCUCUUGGCUCCGAGAUCGCCAAGGUUGUCGACCUCGCAACCCACGCGAUUGUUGCGAGCAAGGACGUGGGCUCCAAGAAAGCGGCGUGUGUCAAGACGGCACUUGCGAGCGACUGCAAAGUGCUCGCGAUGCAUCUCGACCCGGCGCACCUCGACGCCGCCUUUGAUGCAGCGUUCUGGUCGUCGUUCGAUGUACUCGUGUGCACCGCAUCGAGCGCGCUGGUGGCCAAGUACCUCGACGAGCAGAGCUUCGUGUACAAGAAGCCCUUUCUCCUCGCGACGGCCGAUGCGUGGCAAGGCAGCAUCACGGCGUGCGUUCCCGAGGUUACGGAGCGCUGGAUUGCUCGUGACGUGGACCCGACUUCACCCUUGCACGUGCUCGACCAAGUGGCUGCGCUGCGAGGUCGCUUCCACAAUGUUUCGAUCGAGAACGACGUGGGGCUCAAGCACGGACGCGCCUUUGAGGUGGAGCGUAUCGCCGUGUUUGCCCAAGGCAUCAUCGCGCGCCACUUUGGGUCCAAUUUACUUGAUGUGCAGACAUACUGUCGCGACCGUACCCAGAACAAGCUGCUGCGAUACGACGCCAACUGGCUACAGAGGACCCUGGCCACAUUCGUGCAUCUCCAGCGCCUCGGAUCCACACCCACGUCGUGUCUGGAUCAGGCCUUUAGGCUUUUGCAGAUUCUGUUUGUCGAAACCAGCACCGUGUUUGAUGCGACCCAACGUUCCCACCUUGCGUUGCUACACGUGACCGCCGUUCUCUUGGCGCGCAGUGUUCAGCUUGCUUUCACGCUAGAAGACGUCGCAGCCACUUCGUGGACACCUCCGGCCAACGCAUACAACAACAACCAAGGCGCUGAUGCUCAGCACCCGUCUCUGAGCGACGUGCAGUACAUGCUGGGUCGGUUGAUGGUUCCUUCUCUCCAGGCGGCCGAUGACGCGAGUUUGCACGUCGCCUUUGUACAGCGCUGGUGCAAUGCCGUCGCAGACGCGUACGACGUUGCUCCGAUCGACUUUUACACGAGCAAAGGACUCUGCGGCGUCUCUCCCCACGUCGUCUCGACCUCGUCCGUGGUCGCCGGUAUCGCGACGAUCGAGAUCCUCAAACUGGUGCUGCAAAAGGCCAACGCGGUGCGCGAAGUUGUAUAUGCCCCGCACACUUCUCUGCUUCGCUUUGUGCGUCCUGCGGCACCGAUUCAGCUUACCUCUAUCGCCCACGAACCGACGCGCGGCGUCGCACUCCGCAUAUGCCCCGAGCAAAUGACCUUGUGGUAG